CGAUAUUUACUUCAUUUUAAUGAACACUAGCUGUCUUCUAAAAUAUAAUACGUUCGAAAUCGAUGGAAGAAGUUUACAUAACGAGUGUAAGAAAAACAAAUUCUGUCAAAAAAGUGUUGAUAUUCGAUCUUAUUACUCAAUUAUCGACAAUCGUUCGAUCGUCGAGACUCUGCAGUAAGGAAGAUUGAAGAUUUUUACUGGUGUAUUUCGUAGAGAACAAAAAAAUGAGCAACAACGAUUUAUGGAUACGCGAUGCGAUUACAAGUUAUGGAUUGUUAUUGUUUGUUUUUGUUAUCGUCGUGAUUUUAAUAUCACGAAAAUGGUCGGACUUGAAGAAGUGCAUUUACAAAGCUUACUUGACCGGAUUCGAAGUGGAGUGUGCCGAACUCAUGAUACCAUACAAGAAAUUCUUAUUCAAAUCGUUGCAACACGUUGUUUCAGGCGACAAAGUAUUACGAUCUAUGGGCUGCAUACGUCUCCUUGAGAUUGGUAUUAAAACGGGUGAAAAUAUACAAUUUUAUCCAGACAGUACACGUUUGAUUGGUGUUGACCGAAAUCGGAGAUUACCCGAGUAUCUAACAAAAGGAAAUCGUUCUUGGCAAUUCUCACAUAUCAUUAUUGAACGUUUAAUAGUUGGUGAUGGUAGCUGUCUGAGAGAGGUACCUACUGGAUAUGUAGAUGCGGUUGUAACAACAAGAUCAUUAUGUUCGGUAACAUCGUUGCAGUCGACGCUUCGAGAGAUCCAUAGAGUGCUGGCACCGGGUGGUCAAUAUAUAUUCAUAGAACAUAUACCUGAAAAUGAAGGAACACUUCUACGAUGGUUGCAAAAGAUUUUAUCACAAACAAAAAUAUGGCCAUCAUUUUUUGGUGGUUGUCGCUUAGAUAUUGAUCCUGUUGUAAAUAUUAAAAGUGCUGGUUUUAACCACAUUACGUGGGAUAUAUUUACACUCGACGGUUACGUAUCUCAUCCUUUUUAUUUGAUUCUUUCAAGGCAACAUGUAUUAGGCAUGGCAAUUCGAUAGUUAAAUUUAAUAAAACAGGAAAAUAAAUACAAAGAUACAUAUAAAAUAUAAAGACAUAAGGAUUUAUAUAAAUAUAAAAAAUAACAUCUACAUAUUAAUAUAGAUACAUACAUAUAAAGUAAAAAAUAAAGAGUAAAUUCUAAAAAUCCUUAAAUUCAAUUUUUGCAACUAUAUGUACACUGUGUUUAAACAAGUUUAAUUUAUUUACACAAACAUAUGUAAAAUAUAAUCUUAUACAAUGCUGGAUAUAUGUUACAUGUAUCACAUCAUGAGAAACACUAGAACUUUGUUGCUCACUGGAUAGGAAUUUACAAAUUGAAAGCAGUAUAUUUCUAUAUUUUCCAAUUCUAUAUUUUCAUUACAGUAUCAAUUAACUAA